AUGUCUGGCAACGACGAGCAGAAAGGGAGGGGGAGGUGCCACAGUAAUGGCGCUGUUCACGGCAGACUGGAAUCCACUUGGGAAAGAUGUUUACUACCGGAAAUUUGAACUUUAUGCGAUGGGAUGGCAGGAGCAGAAUUUGUGCAUCUCGGACUUCACUAUCGCCGCUGCUCCAUUUGGUGGUCCUAUUGCUAUCAUAAGAGAUGAGCGCAAGGCGUUGAAAGUUAAGCUUGGUUCCACUCGGCUAAUUCACCUCUUCUCAGCGAGUGGCCAUACGCUUGGAAACAUACGGCACGAAGGCAACAGCAUCGUUUCUAUGGGAUGGUCUCACACUGAAAGCUUGGUUUGCGUGCAGUCAGAUGGCCUUAUUUAUGAAUACAGUCUCACUGGCAGAAUACUAGCUAACUUCAGCAUGGGUCAGGUUCCCAAAGACACAUCGGUGCUUGAGUGCAAGAUCUUUAGCACCGCAAACCGUACAGGGGUUGCUGUGCUCACUGGGUCGUACAGUUUCUUCCUUGUCGAAAACCUGUCAACUCAUCGUAUCCGACAGCUGGCAGAAGUGCCAGGACUGUCAUCACCUCCUUCAAGUUGGGCAGUUGUUGCAGUAGACCAAGCAACUAAAGUUAUUGUUGCAAAGGACAAUUCAAUAUAUGUGCUCGACGAGAGAAGCGGUGAUGGUUGCAUACUUGAGCAACCACAAAUCUCAACGGCAUUUUCUGCUGUGACAGAAAUGGCAGUCUCGUUCGAUCACAGCAGUAUAGUUAUGUUCCUAGAUACUGGGUGCCUAUGGAUGGGCACUUCUGAUUUGAAGAAAUGUCUCUGUGAAGUUGACACGAAGGCAAAAGCAAGGCCAAAGCAGAUGAUGUGGUGUGGACGGAAAGCUGUCGUCUGCCAUUGGGCAAAUAUCAUGCUUGUGAUCGGCCUUGAAAAGGACUUCAUAAAUUAUACUUUUGAUGAUGCUGUGCAUUUAGCCCAAGAACUGGAUGGUAUUCGUGUAAUUAGUAACUCAUCCCAUGAGCUUCUGCAAAAGGUUCCAAACAUCGUUACCGAAGUUUUGCGUAUUGGAUCCUUGGCACCAGGAGCCCUUCUCAUGGAGGCCUUGUCUGAAUUCGAGAAAAAGAGUUACAAAGCUGAUGAGUACCUACGGAUGAUCAUUGAUGACAAUAAUCUCGAGUUGGCAGUCUAUCAGUGUAUCGAUGCAGCAACACAUCAAUAUCCCCCCAUGUUCCAGAAGAAAUUGCUCAGGGCUGCAUCUUUUGGAAAGUCAUUUAUUCCUAGCAUGGAUCCUGAGAGCUUUGUAAAUGCUUGUCAGACACUGCGUGUCUUGAAUGCUGUCAGAGAACACACUAUAGGACUACCUCUCACAUACACCCAGCUAGAGUACUUAAGUAUGAACGUCCUGUUGGAUCGCCUGAUUUUGAGGCAGCAUUAUUGCCUCGCACUGAGAAUAGCCAAAUUUCUGAAAAUACCAGACACUGAGGGCUCUAGCCGAAUACUGGCACACUGGGCUUGCUACAAGGUUGGUCAGCUUCACUUGGGUACUGAUGAUGUGGCAAGGGCAAUCGCGGAGAAGCUGCAGUCCGCCCCUGGUAUCCUGUACUCUGAAAUUGCAAAGAAAGCUGUUGACUGUGGACGCCAUGACUUGGCUGUAAAGCUACUGGACUAUGAGCCAAGGGCUUCCGAGCAAGUACCCAUUCUCAUAGAACUGGGCAAGGAAGACCUAGCCCUCGUUAAAGCAAUUGAAAGUGGAGACACAGAUUUGGUUUACACAGUGAUCUUGAAGCUGAAAGAGAUGAAAUCUUCCGAGUUUGACAUGACCGUGAGAAGGUUCCCUGUUGCAUGGUCCCUUUACUUGAAGCUCUGCAAAGAGCGAGACAUUCAAAAACUGGAGGACCUGUACGAUCAAGAAGACAACCACGUGGGGGUUGCCGAGUGUAAAAUUUUGGAAGCAUAUAAGACUAAGCGUGUAGAGCAACGGAUGGCAGCCCUCCAGUGUUCUCUUACAAGGUACAAGGAUGCCAAAGAAGAACCAUUUGCAGCUGCGCAAACUGAGGAACAGCUGCGUUUGAUGAAAUAUCAGCUGAAGAUGGAAGAGAAAUUUAAUGACAAGUUUAUGGACCUCUCCGUUCAGCAGACCAUGCGUCGUCUGAUGGAAAUAAAGGAAAUGAAGCUUGCUGAAGAAAUGCACAAAGAAUUUAACGUUCCUGAUAAAAGGUACUGGUGGCUCAAAAUCACAGUGCUUGCUGAGGAAGGCCACUGGAUUGAGCUGGAGAAGUUCUCAAAGUCUAAAAAGUCACCCAUAGGAUACGAGGCAUUCGUCGAUGUGUGCUUGAAGUACGGGAAUAAGUAUGAAGCACAGAAAUAUCUUCCCAAAGUAAACAAAGAGAACAAAGUCAAGUACUUCGUGAAAGUUGGGAACCUGGAUGAAGCAGCUAAGGUGGCAUUUGAGCAGAAGGAUGAGAGUGCUCUUAAUUUUAUCUUAAGCAAGUGCAACAUAACAACAAGCCCAGGCAUCAAGGACAAGAUUGCCAACUUGAAAAAGCAGCUUGUGGGGAAGAAAUAACUGUCUAUAGUACUGUUUGCAGCAAACGCUUCAAUUUCAGGACACAGACUACGCGCGACACCGCAAGUGCUUUUGUAACUGUGCAGCACAUCUGUCUUUUUGUUUAUGAUGUACAUAAAAUAUAAAUGAUUUUUUAGUACAUAA